AUGGCAAUAGCCAUGGCCUGGCACAAACCCGACAAUGUCGCUGGCUCAUCAGCACCGGCCAUCAUGGUCGGGCUGUUUGUCGCAACUGGAGGACUGCUUUUCGGUUACGACACUGGCACAAUAUCUGGAAUACUGGCUAUGAAGGCAUUCCGCGAACAAUUCUCGACGGGAUACAUCGAUCCGCACGAUGGCUUCCCCAACGUUUCUCCAGCUCAGUCGUCAAUAAUAGUUGCGAUACUCAGUGCGGGAACCUUUUUUGGAGCACUGCUAGCAGCACCUAUUGGUGACAAAAUCGGCCGUCGUAUAUCACUGAUCAUUGCUGUGAUUAUAUUCUCUUUCGGUGUUCUUCUUCAGACGAUAGCAAUGGCAAUUACUCUACUAGUUCUUGGGAGAUUCUUUGCCGGACUAGGUGUUGGAAUUGUCUCGGUGUUGGUUCCCUUGUAUCAAUCCGAAAUGGCCCCGAAAUGGAUUCGAGGUACUCUGGUUUGUGCGUAUCAGCUUGCCAUCACCACUGGUCUUUUCCUCGCUGCUGUUGUCAACAUCCUGACCGAAGGAAUGAACCACCGCAACGCCUUUCGUAUUCCACUUGCCAUGCAAUUCAUUUGGGCUGGUGUUCUUCUCCUUGGAUUGUUACUCUUGCCAGAGACGCCGCGGUAUCUUAUCAAACGGAACUUACAUGCCGCAGCGGCCUCUUCUCUCAGUCGGUUACGCCGACUUGAUAUUACGCAUCCAGCUUUGAUCGAGGAACUGGCUGAGAUCCAAGCCAAUCACGAAUAUGAAUUGAGCCUUGGUCCUUCCACAUACCGAGAUGUUUUCUUCGGUUCUCCCCAUCUCGGCCGUCGCCUGAUUACCGGAUGUGGUUUACAAAUUCUGCAGCAACUAUCCGGAUGCAACUUCAUCUUCUAUUACGGCACCACUUUUUUCGCUCGUAUCAACGUCAAAUCACCUUACGUUGUCGCUCUGGUAACCAAUGUUGUCAACGUCGUCUCUACGAUUCCUGGAAUGUUCCUUGUCGAAACCUUGGGUAGGCGUCGACUUCUCAUGAUUGGUGCUUUUGGCAUGGCUGUAUGUCAAAUAAUUGUCGCCUCUGUUGGAACUGCCAUGCCCGACUCCAAUGCAGCCAGCAUGGUCCUCAUCGUCUUUGUAUGCCUUUAUUUAUUCUUCUUCGCCGCUUCUUGGGGACCUGUUGCUUGGGUCGUCACCUCCGAAAUUUAUCCCCUCAAAGUCCGUGCCAAAUCGAUGUCGAUCUCGACAGCUUCCAACUGGCUACUCAAUUUUUCUCUUGGAUAUGGAACGCCGUAUCUAGUGAACCCUGGUCAAGGUUACGCCAAUCUGCAGUCAAAGGUCUUCUUUAUAUGGGGAACGUUUUGCGCCAUUGCAGUCGUUUUCGUUUGGGCGAUGGUCUACGAAACGAGCAGAAUUAGUCUAGAACAGAUCGACGAAAUGUACGAGAGAGUUGACCGUGCCUGGAACAGCAAAUCUUUCCAGCCAAGUUGGAGCUUCCAAGAGAUGCGAGACGAAGGAGUUUCGGCGAGUGGGAUUCAACUCACCGAAACCGAAGAGCCUCGACGGCGGACUGCUACGAGUACCAGCACCGCCGACAGCAGCACAACCAUGACAGAGGAAGACAAGAUUAUUGCCCAAUUAGGGGACGUAGAUCUAAGUUAUUAA